CUGCCUUUGUUUCCUCAUUGCCUUCUUACCCCAGACCUACAAGCAUAUUUCAUAUAACUGCACAUAUACAUAAACCCAACUUAUAAUUAAAAACAUUUAAAAAACAAUCACAAAAAUGGCAGACAAUAGUCACAACCAUGAUCUUGCUGAAAAGACACAAACUGUCCCAGUUGAGAAAUCAGAAUUGUACAUGAAUGAAGAAUUGGAAAAGAACGAACAAGAAGUAGCUCCAAUCAGUAACGGUGGUGAUACCGCCUUUGCAAAUGCCUCCUGGCAAUACAAGACAAUUGCUUUGGUCACUGCACUUUUGUUCCCUCUUGGCUCUCAUUUCUCUGCAAGUGCCCUUAGUGCCAUGAAGGCUCCAAUUAAAGCUAACCUCCACAUCGACAAUACUCGUUAUGGUGUGCUUGCUUCUGCAGUCUCAAUUAUCAACACAAUCUUCCCUAUUGCUGGUGGUGUAUUCAUUGAUAUGUUUGGUUCGGUUUGGGGUACCUUGGCUGUAAACUGCCUUAUUAUCAUCGGUAGUUUGUUGACUGCAGUUGCCGCAAAGAUCGAGUCGUUUGCUUUGAUGGUUGUCGGUCGUGUUGUGUUCGGUAUCGGAAGUGGUCUUAUCGUUACCAUGCAAGAAUCUCUCUUGUCAAAGUGGUUCAGAACAGAGCAUCUGUCUAUUGCCAUUGGUCUCCAACUCUCAAUCAGUCGUCUCUCUACUUUCCUUGGUACACUUGUUGCUAACCCCAUUGCCGAAAAGACUGGAGACUGGGUUUGGGCCUUCUGGCUGUCUUUCAUUCUCUGUGGCUUCUCAAUCCUCAUGAACGUCAUCUAUGCCCUCACUGUCAUGAAGCUCCGUGGAAACGUUGUCAUCUCAAAGGAAGAAGUCGCGCGUCUCAAGAACAAGAAGACCUUCAAGUGGCGCUCUGUCUUCAAGUUCCCCACCAUCUACUGGCAUAUCAUUCUUAUCGAAUUCAUCUUUGCGGCCGUCUGGUCUUCUUUCCAGACCAUCAGUACCGAACUUGUUAUCGUGCACUUUAACACCACCAGUGUAUUGGCCGGCUACACUGCCAGUGCCUCUCAGUCAAUCCCCAUCGUCGCCACUGCUGUUUUGGGUGUGUUCAUGGACUACUUUGGCCACCGUAUCACUGUUCUCUUGAUUUCUGCAAUCUUCCUUAUCCUUAGUUCUGGUCUUCUCGGCUGGACCUAUGUUGAUGCUAUUGUCGGUAUGAUUUUCUACAGUAUCUCGCUUGCAUUCGGUCCCAUUGCCAUGAUUACGUCUAUCGGUAUGAUCUUGCCAUCUGACUACAUUGGUACCGGUCUUGGUAUCUACAAGAGUUCCAACAAUGUCGGCACCACCAUCCUUGAUAUCGUUGUUGGUGUUAUCCAGGACAACACGCACAAUCAAGCCUAUACCGGUGUCAUGACUCUGUUUAUCGUCCUUGGUGGCAUUGGUUUCGUGUUGAUCUUUGGUUUGAUUAUCACCCAGCGUUUCUACCUGCGCAACCUUUUGCAGACAACCCGUGCCAACCGUACUGCGAUCAUGAAGGAAGUAAACGACAAGGAGCUCUUUUACACACAGCAGGGUCUCGAUGCCUACACUGGUGUUAAUCCUGCUAUCCAGAACUAUAUCUAUGUUGGCUGUUUCAUUGUCUGUCUCUUGGUUGCCUGGGUUCUGUUCUUUGUCUACGCAGCAACUGGAGGUGUUGCUGCCUAAAGAAUCUUAUUCUCCUAUCCUUUUGUUUUGUUUUCCUUUUUGCUUUUCUUUCGCUUGAGCUGGCACUCAUUUUUUUUUCUUGCACUUGAAAAAAAAUAAUUGUAGGAAUAUAUAUUGUGUUCCUUUAUUCCUUUAUCUAUUUAUUUAAUUAUUCUCUUUAUUUAUUCACUUAAUUAUUUACUUUAUUCAUCUUUUCAACGUGUAAUUGUUAUACCAACUACCAAAAUCAAUAUAUACACAUAUAUAUUUUUAAAAAAAAUAUAUUUAAUAUUAACAGCAGCAACAAUAAUAAACCUUUUCUUUCUUUCUUUCUCUGUGCACUUUAAUUGUAAGUGUGUUUGAGCUUUAAUAC